UACUGGAAAAGUUAAUUAUCAAUUGUUUUUCAACUAUCUAAUCGAAGUUCCUUUUUAAAAUACGAUCUGGUCAAUUUGAUCUACUAAUUAAUUGAGUCGGAAUAAUUUAAACUGAAAGAGAAUACUCUUGUUAACAAUGUAUAGCUAUAGCUAUAGCUGUGUAGCAUUCGCUCGCUGAUGUUUUUGAUAAGGUAGUAAACGAGUAGGCAAAGGGCAAGAUGCUAAAAAUCUGGAAAGCCUAUUGCGCAUGCGUAGCGUCUUUCUGGUCCAGGUAAUCCAGCUGUGUGGAUAAUACAUAAAGGUCUAAUUUUGUUGGGUUAUUUUCGCUAUUUGUUUGACAAGGAAGAAAAGUCAUGUCCGAAUCGGAAGAAAGCGAAAAUCGAGAAAAAGCUUAUGAUACUAUAUCAAAAGAUGAGAAGCAGAAUCGACCAAUACAUAAAGCUAAACGUACCGAGAGAAAAUGCCUAAAGGAAAUGGUCGAGAACAAAGCAACCAAGGAGAAGGACGAGGAGACGUCAGAAGACGAGAUUGAGCAGGUUGACGUCUCCCAAUUGCCUCAAUUCGUUAUCAAUUUUGGCUUAAGGGUAUUGAACGGUUGUUCGAGAGCCUUAGGCCUAAUUAAAAAUCUAUUCUUCUAUUUUUGCAAAUCGGUAUUUAACGCCUUACCAUCAACGCUGUUUCUUGUUUUCAUCUAUCUAUUCGACUCUAUUUUUUAUGUCGAGGAAUCUAAAUUAGAGGACAAGUUCAGAUACAUCACGGAAGCUCACGUAUGGACGCCCGUGCCGUUGUUAGCAAGCUGCUUCUCUAGCUGUGGAAUACCCGUUAACAAGCGGAAGAAAUUUGAUAGAAAUUCCCUGGAUUUCUCUUUAAUAUUUUUCCUCAAUUCCCUUAUAUCAACCUUUGUUCUACCCGACCAGUAUGUACAUUGGAUAAGAUCGGCUAUUUUUGGAUGUUUCGCCUUCAGGCAAGUUUUUUCUAUACCAUAAGGGAGAAAGUAUUAAUAAAAAUAUACUCGUUUAACAUCUUUUCUUUACAGGAUGCUUAUAUGGUUUUGUUUGUGCCUUGGAAUAACAAAUUUUCAAGAGCGUCUCUCGAAAGUCUGCACAGCUUUCAAUAUCAUCUUAAUAAUGACCAAUUGCAUAGUUGCAAUCAUGUUUGCCAAUGACAACCAAGUAAACAAACUACAAACCAGUGAUAUAAGAGAGCAAAGUUGGUUUUGAAUUAAACCUUAAAUGAUAAAAUUAAAGAAAAAGGAAAUACUUAGACUGUUUGUUUACUUUUUGAUCGAAGUAGUAUUUUUUCUGCAUUACAACAUAGAAAAAUAAGAUAUAGAUGUAGAUAUGCAUAGUUUGUAAAUAAACUAUAUUACUC